AUGUCUUCCAUCACGACCUGCAAAAUAGAUGGACUCCCCAAAAGAACCCCCCAUCCUCUUCUCACCCGCUUCGCCCAGAACAACGCAGGUCUGACUCUCAAAGCAGCCCUCUCCAUAGCGGCGGUCUAUCUCUUCACCCGUCUGCUCUGUCUGCUGCUUGCUGAGACGAAUGCGGAAUCCCUUCAAGACCCCGGCUGGCUCUAUGCCCGCGCCGUCCAUCGCCCCCCGAUCCCAUCCCCCAAGAAGCUCCGUCUCAACGUCACCAGUGCGAACCAGGCUGACCUCCCCACCAUCGACAUCCUCAUCCCCUGCUGCGGUGAAGCCGACGACAUCAUCCUCGACACCGUCCGCACCGCCCGCGCCAUCCACUAUCCCUCCUCCCACGCCCGCAUCGUCCUGCUAGACGACACCAACUCGCCCGUCCUCCGCACCGCCAUAGCCGCCCUCAACCUCCCCCGCCAUCGCAACAUCCACUACCACACGCGCGGCCCAAAGACAAACACGACCGACUUCGACAAAGCUGGUAACCUCAACCACGCCCUCUCCACCCUCCCCAACCCCGCCCCCUUCAUCGCCGUCCUCGACGCAGACACACUCGCCCACCCGGACUUCCUCCGCGCCACCCUCCCCCACCUCCUCGCCAACCCGCGCGUCGCCCUCGUCGGCUCCCCCCAGCACUACUACAACAUUCCCCCAGCCGACCCCCUCCACCAAAGCUUCACCUGGUACGUCCAGCUCCUCACCCCCAGUCUCAACGCCUACGGCCUAGCAAUGGCCACGGGGUCAGGAUUCGUCGUCCGCCGGUCUGCACUCACCACCAUAAACGGCUUCUCGAACCUCACCUCCACAGAAGACAUCAUGCUCUCCUGUGCCUUCCACAACGCAGACUACCACGUGCUUGUCCUCCCGGAAGUCAUCCAGUACGGACUCGCCCCGCCUUCUCUCAAAGGCUACUCCUUCCAACAAUCCCGCUGGGCGUCGGGUCUGGCUGCAGGCCUACUCGCCUUGCGAGAUGGACCCCGCAAUAACCUCCCGGAUAGUCUCCGCCCCCGUAUCGCCUUCCAGGGCUUUCGUCAUCUGUGGAGUCACUUCUACCGUGUCGUUGCCCUGCUGGGCGUGCCGCUGGCAGUGUGCUCGGGUAAGGCCUUAGUCCCGGGGGUAGUACUCCGAAUGCAGACGGUUCUAGCGUGCUGGGUGUUAGCCCUGAUGUGGUUGCUGGAGGGAAUGAGAGUUGCUGGGGCAGGGUUUCGAGUAGGCGUAUUUGCGCAUUUUGAGGGUAUUUGGUUGGCGGGGGAAACCUCGUCUCCUCUAUACACGUCCUCUUCUCAGAACUCACACGCAGAAACAAACUUGAAAGCAGAAACAGAACCAAAUCAUCCAUAA